CCUAUAUACUCCCUGGCUUCCACCUACAACGCUCGGCCUACUAGGUCGCACCCGCAUCCUUGUAACCUCUCGCAUCGAACCCUGCUCCUUGUAUGCUGCGACCUGUCCACGACUCUAUGCGCUGCAUCCCGCUCUGCUCCGACGUCUCUGCUUUAUCCCUGAUCGGAGAAUAACACCCACCCUUUAUCUUGGCUCGAGAUAGCCAGCCCGGCUCACCAUCAUGGUCGCGCUCGACAUCACCAAGACAUCUCUCGCGCUCGCCGUCAGUGGUGGGUAUGUCAUUGUCAUUGGUCUCGUCAGUUUCUUUCUCAAGGAAAAACUCUUCAUCGCCGAGACGCUGCUCUCGACGCUUGCAGGGAUCAUUUUCGGGCCCAUAUCACUAGGAUGGUUCAAUCCAAACAGCUGGUCAGCCGAUCCGAGUUAUUUGACUCUACAGGUCGCGAGGAUCAUCAUCGCCAUUCAAGUCUUAUUCACUGGAAUCUCUCUCCCCAAAGCAUAUCUGAGAAAAAAUUGGAUAAGCUUGACGACUCUUUUAGGGCCGAUCAUGACCACCGCCUGGUUCAUCACAUCGUUGUUGGUCUGGGCAAUGAUACCAGGCUUGACGUUCCUCGAAGCUCUGGUCAUCGGAGCUUGCGUUACGCCAACCGAUCCAGUCUUGGCAAACGCGAUCUGCAAAGGUCGAUUCGCCGAGAUGCAUGUCCCUGUUCAUGUCCGCGAGAUCAUCGUCGCUGAAGCAGGCGCCAACGAUGGACUAGGCUAUCCUUUCCUGUACAUCCCUCUGUACCUCAUAUUAAUCCAUGAACGGUCUCAUCCUUGGCACACUGUGGGCGGCGCCGUGCUCGAAUGGUUUUAUAAUAUCGUGCUCUACGAAAUCGUCUUAUCCUGCAUCAUCGGCGCGAUCAUUGGUUACGUCGCCCGGAAAGUCUUGCGCUUCAGUGAGGAGCGACAUCUCAUCGAUCACGAAUCAUUCCUCGCCUUUGGCAUUGCGCUCACUUUCUUCACUCUUGGCGUUGUGGGCAUUCUUGGCUCGGACGAUAUCCUGUGCUGCUUCGUGGUUGGCAACUCUUUCACCUGGGACGACUGGUUCAGGGUCGAGACUGAGGACCAUGCGUUCCAAGAUGUCAUUGAUCAGCUGCUCAACUCUGCUAUAUUCCUCUAUAUCGGUGCCAUCCUUCCCUGGGCUCAAUUCUCUGAAUUCAACCUUACGCCGUGGCGGUUGGUCGUCCUGGGUAUCCUCGUCAUGAUUUGUCGUCGACUCCCUUGGGUCUUGGCUCUAUCCCAUUUUAUACCUACCCUGCCGACAUGGCGCGAAUCCCUGUUUGCAGGAUUCUUCGGACCCAUAGGAGUCGGAGCAUUGUUCUACACCCAAGUGGCAUUGGAAGAGCUGCCAGAUGACGGCACAAGACAACAUUUGAGAAACGUCCUCUACCCCGUCAAUCUUUUCCUGAUCUUCACGUCGAUAGUCGUCCACGGCAUCACAAUCCCAGUAGGCAAAGGUUUUCAAAGGGCCAGGACGAUCACGAGGAACACGGGCAGUCGAGCUCCUUCCACCAAUGAAGUUUCACGAUUGCCUCCCCCCGUACCUCUUGGCGGCAUUCGCUCGCAACCUGUCACACCUCCCCGGUCUGGAACGCCAAUGUCUACUAGGACACCGACCAUGACGCCUGGUCCUUCCAUGGUCAGAUUCGGAACGCUUGACGGUCGCGCGAGUAGUGAAGUUGGACGAGGGGACGAGCCAGAGUCGGCACACUAGACCUACCUACCUUUAUCAUAGAUUCUAUGCAUAUUCGGGUCGGUCCGGCGGUCGGCGCCGCUCUAUUUGCGACCAUCACGU